AUGAAGGUGGAGAUGUGGGAGCACUCAGCUUCACUGACAAAGAUGGCUGCUUUGGUCCGCAACUGGUUUACAGACCACCCAUUCUUCAUGGCACUCAACCUGCCUCCAUACUCUCCAUUCUUAAAUCCCAUUGAGGAGUUCUUCUCUGCCUGGCGCUGGAAAGUGUACGACCGUCAUCCUCAUCAACAGGGUUGCAAGAAGUUGUGUUCGUUAUGUGACCCACACAGCACCAUACAAGAUGUCCUGCAAAAUAGACCUAAUUUUAUUGUGGUAAAAGAUGAUGGAAUGGACUUCAACUGGUGUGACGUGGGUUGGACUUCUGACCACACAAACAUGGAGGAACAUGUUAGAAUCAAUCACUUUCCCAACCAUUGCGAGGUAAGAAAUCAUUAUUUGUCAAAUUUUGUUGUUUUAACGACGAAAAAAUUUAGUUUUCCUUUCUUUUUUCUUUUUUGGAUCAUGAAGCCAAUAAGAAAAUCUCAUGGCAAAGGGAUUUUCCUGUUCAGAAAACUGAAAGACAUUAUAGACUGGGAGAAGGAAAGCUCCCGCAGAGAGGAGCAGAAAGAUGCAGCACACUUGGAAAUGUACAUGGUACAGAGAUACAUAGAGAACCCUUACCUGAUUAAUGGCAGGAAAUUUGAUCUGAGAGUUUAUGUCCUUUUAUUUCAGUACGUUCCUUUAAGAGCAUGGUUAUACAGAGAUGGUUUUGCUCGCAUCUCAAGCACUUUUUCCCUCAGCAGCAUUGACGAUAAGUACAUGCACCUCACUAACGUGUCUGUUCAAAAGACUGCGUCUGACUACGAUCCAGAAAAGGUCAUUAUAAAUGACAAACACUGUUUUGAGCUCUAUGGUUAUGACAUUCUACUGGACCAGAACCUCAAACAGUGGUUAAUUGAGGUGAAUGCAUCGCCAUCAUACCUGCCCAGCAAUCAGGAGGAUUAUGAGAUGAAGUACAGACUGCUGGAGGACACUCUGAACAUUAUUGAUACGGAGGGAAGGCUGACAGGCAAGGAGAAAAGAGUGGGAGGCUACUAUCUCAUGCGGAACAAUGGGCCUGUCUAUAGAGAGGAUGUUGGCCUAGAAACAUUUGACAGUUCAUGCUUCUAUACCAACACAUACUUGGGAUGUGCGAAUGACAGGGAAAAGCAGCUUGGCCGUCUUUUUAAACCAUUACCAUUUCAGAAGAAGGUGUAAUAAUGGCUGGGAUUUUUAACAUGCUUUUGCAACUUUUUUCGUUGCCCUUUUUUUUUUUACAGUUCUAACGGGUAACAGAUGU